AUGAUCCCGUUUCAUUCUCCCCCGCCAAUCUUCUUACCCAGGAUUUUCCCCUCCCUGUUUCGCAUUCCAUCCAUCUCUUCCCCCAUCCCUUCUCCUCCCCCUACCCCCGCGCAGCGCGCGAUGGCCCCGCGCCCGAAGAAGAAGGCGGUGCUGCGCGCCUCCGAUCGCGCCAGCUCGGCGGCCGACUCGCACGCGGCGCACCACGCGGCGCGGUGGGCGUCGAUGCGCUCGCUGCUGCUCCUGGGCGGCGCGGGAAUGCUCUUCUACUUCCUCCUCGCGCGCUCCGACUACUCCGCGGGGUACCGCCACGGCGGACCCAUGGGCGCAUGGCGGGGCGGGGCCGCGGGCGGAAUGGACGAGCGCUGGAUGGGCGGGGACGACCAGUGGGGCGCGCGCGGGGGCGCAAUGGGGAGGGGGGAGUGGAGAGGCGCCGGGGGGCAGUUUGGGGAUCGGCACGGGUUUGAGGGCGCGGCGGGCGGGUGGCAGGGCGCUGGCGGGGGGGACUGGCGGAACGACGGGGGAGGGCCGCGGCAGCUGGCUGGCGGCGAUAGGAUGGGGGGGGCGCAGGGAGGGGGAUGGGGGCAGCAAGGGGCCGCUGGAGGGUGGGACGCGGGGAGAGGGGGGAACGGCUUUCCGCAACAGGGGGGGGGAUGGGGGGCAGGCGGGGGGAUUCAAAUGCCAGGCGAAGGGGGGGCAGGGGGGAUAGGCGGAGGGGCUGGGGGAAUGGCUACUGGCGGGGGCGGGUGGGGCGGAUUGAGAGGGGGAGCAUCAGGCGGGAUGGUUGAGCCCCAGCAGACGAUGCCGCAGGGGGCACUGCCCAUGCAGCACGGCGGGCAGGGCGGACAGGGCGCGCAGGGCGGGCAGUGGGGCGGCGCAGGGGGCGGGGAGAGCAGCGGGUGGAGCAGCGGCACGGCAGCCCAGGCGCUCUCCCAGCAGCAGCAGGGCGGACAGUGGGGGGCGGAGGGCGCCACCUCUGCAGCAGCAGGGGGAGGGGGAGAGGCUGGGGGAGCAGGGUUGGGAGGGGGAGCAGGGGAGAGCGCGUUCCUGAGUGCGCCACACGCGCACUGGAAGCCGGUGGACGGGCAGUUCCCCCUGGAGGGCGGCACACCCCAGCGGUCGUACCUGACGGUGGACAUCUCGCGCACGCUGCUCAAGCGCGUGCACCUCGACGCCACUCGCUUCACCGACGAGGCCAAGCCCAAACCCAAGGGCUCGCCCCCGCCACGCGCCUCGCGCGGCCCCCCGUGCCCCGACUUUGAGUUUGCGUACGAGCGGUUGCCCGGUGUGGGGUCGUGCUGGGAGGCGCCCCUGGCGGACAGCAGCCGCACGCCCACUCGCUACCCCGCCAACUGCCCCUCGCUGGACGAAAGCUGCAUCCAGGAAACCGACUUUCAGCCGCACCCGAAGUGGGCCGCUCAGGUGCUGGUACUACACAACGUGUAUGUGAACCUGGCAGGGCAGGUGUUCAACGAGACGCACCUCUUCGACCACAACGCCUGCGCCGUCACGCUGGCCGCCGCCAACUUCCGCUACGCCUCUGGGCGCACGCGCGUGCGGCGCUUCAAGGAGCUCUUGUCGCUCGUUGACUGGUUCGCCUGGUCCGCACGCGCCUACCUGCUCGAACUCAUCCCACUCUUCGUCUCGCUGCGCAAGGUGAUGCCAGCGAUGAGGGGCGUGGCGGUGGCGGUGGGGCACCGGCUGACGCACAGGCGCAACCAGAUGCAACAGAUGGUGGCGCUGGGCGCGGAGGACAUUCUGGGCGUGCAGCUGAGCCGCAUGAACGUGCACGUGCUGCAGGGCGCUGACCUCUUCUUCGCUGAGAAACUCAUCCUCCCACUGCACCAGCGCUGCGGCCAACCAUCGCGCGCCAUGUGGCAGUACAUCCGAAACCACCACUUCCUGCCCAAGAAUGGCCUUCCCAUGUUCUACUCUGACUACCGCCCCACAGCAGUGGCGGAGAACCCGCCCCCCAAGGACUCGUUCACGCCGCGCAACGACUGGGUGGUGCUGCUGGGGUGGAAGAACUCGCGCGAGGAGCUGCUCAAGUCGCUGCGCCUCAAGGAGCAGCUGGAGGAGCUCUUCCCCGCCGACCGCGUGGUGGUGUACCGCGAGGGCGCCCACAGCAUCCCGCGCCGCAAAGACCUGCUCAACCGCGCUCACCUGCUCGUGGCGCCGCACGACAACCUGCUGGCCGACCUCGUCUUCAUGCCGCCCGGCGCCGCCGUGCUGGAGAUCCGCCCCGUGGACGACCCCGACCCCGUCUUCCACCUGCUGGCUGACGUGUGCGACAUCGAGUACUACCUGGCGUUCAGUGAGCCCGUGGACAAGGGCAAGGGCAAGGCGGGGAAGGGGGGGGAGGUGGCGCUGCGGGCGAAGGACCCCAAGGGCGUUGAGCGGCUGCUCAAGGAUAUUUCCAGGAAGGUUCUGGCCAAGGUGGAGCAGCUGAAGCACGUGUAG